GGCUUUAGGAAUACUGGGGAACAUGGCGGCUGCCUUGGAAAAUGAAUUGGAAGUAGAUAACGAAGACUAUUAUUCUCUGCUUAAUGUCAGAAGAGAGGCUACUCAAGAAGAGUUAAAGUCUUCGUACAGGCGUCUUUGUAUGCUUUACCACCCUGACAAGCACAGAGACCCAGAACUAAAGAGGCAGGCAGAGCAACUCUUCACAUAUGUACACCAGGCAUAUGAAGUUCUCAGUGACCCUCAAUCCCGAGCCAUAUAUGACAUAUUUGGGAAGAAAGGCCUGGAGGUGGAAGGUUGGGAGGUGGUGGAGAGAAAGCGAACCCCCGCAGAGAUCAGGGAGGAAUAUGAACGUUUGCAGAGGGAAAGAGAUGAGAGGAGACUCCAGCAGAGAACAAACCCUAAGGGGACAAUAAGCGUUGGCAUAGAUGCGACAGACCUCUUUGACCGAUACGAGGAGGACUUUGAGGAAGUUCCCGGAGGCGGUUUUCCCCAUAUUGAGAUUAACAGGAUGCACAUUUCCCAAUCCAUUGAGGCGCCGCUGACCACUUCAGAUACUGCUGUCCUUUCUGGAUCCUUGUCAACACAUAAUGGCAAUGGUGGAGGAAAUAUAAACCUUUGUGUUCGGCGUGUGACCUCAGCAAGGGGUUGGGGAGAGAUGGAGUUCGGUGCAGGGGAUGUUAGAGGCCCUUUAUUUGGGAUGAAAGUAUUCAGGAAUGUUACUGCACGCUGCUUUGUGACUGCCCAAUGGGGAUUGCAGUUCUCCUCGCGUGGCAUUCGACCCAGUGCCAGUACAAUGAUGGCUCGUCACCUGGACCAGAACACUAUGGGCUACCUGCAGUGGCGCUGGGGAAGCCAGUCUGCCAUGACCACCAGCAUCGUCAGAGACACCAAAACAAGCCACUUUACAUUGGCCUUGCAGCUGGGCGUUCCUCAUUCUUAUCUAAUGAUGAGCUAUCAGUACAAAUUCCAGGAUGAAGACCAGACCAAGGUCAAAGGUUCCAUCAAGACAGGCUUCUUUGGCACUGUGGUUGAAUAUGGUGCUGAGCGCAAGAUAAGUCGCCACAGUGUUCUAGCUGCAACCGUCAGCAUCGGUGUCCCCCAAGGAGUUUCCCUCAAAAUUAGGUUAAACAGAGCCAGUCAAACAUACCUCUUCCCUAUUCACCUGACCGACCAGAUUUUACCCAGCGCUGUGUUUUAUGCCACUGUGGGCCCGCUGGCCAUCUACUUAGCUGUCCAGAAGCUUAUUAUCAUGCCUUAUGUACAAGCCCAUAAGGAACAGGAGUUGGAGAAACAGAAGGAAGAUUCUGCUUCAGAAAUUGCUCGCAGGAAGCAAGAGGCUGAAUCUGCUGUUUUGUUGAUGCAGGAGUCGGUGAAGAGAAUCAUUGAUGCCGAGGAAUCUAAAAUGGGUCUCAUCAUUCUUAAUGCGUGGUAUGGUAAAUUUGUGUCAGACAAUAGUCAGAAACGUGAAAGAGCGAAGGUCAUUGAUGUGACGGUCCCGCUUCAGUGUUUAGUGAAAGAUUCUAAACUCAUGCUUACUGAGGCAUCAAAGGCUGGCUUGCCAGGGUUUUAUGAUCCUUGCGUUGGAGAGGAAAAAAGUCUAAAGCUGCUGUACCAGUUCAGAGGUGCAAUGCACCAAGUGUUGUCCGGAGACACAGAUCCUCUUAGGAUACCUAAACAAUCUCAUAGAAUUGAUUCAGAGACAUAAGGAUCUUCCACACAUUGGAAGAAAGCACAGAUGAACUCAAUGGACAUCAAAGGAACAUAAAGGGACAGUCAGGCAUCAUGUGAUCAGAAGGGCUGCUCCUCUUCAUUUCCUGUAGUCACCCUUGUAUCACCUUCGUGUUGUCUAUGUCAAAUCCCUUUACAUACAUUGGAUGAAUGGGUCAAACAUGUCUCCUUAAAGCCCUGCUCACACUGUGCGAUUUCAGCCAGAUUUGGUCCUCUGAGACAAAUUUGGGAAAUCCUAAAAGAUUCUAGAAAUCCUCGGCUAAAUUCUGUGGUCUUUGAUUGAUGGUUUAACAUGUUCGCCAAAAGUCGCAUAAAAGCAUGUGCGAUUAAAUCUUCCCUCCAAAGAAGUUCUGGCAGAUUCAUAAAAUAACAGACACUACUGCAAGUGUGAGUUUAACGUCAAACCAAGAACCAAUAAGAAUGCCAUAUUUGAUAAUGCAACUGGCACGACAACUUCACACCGUUUAAGUUUGUUUAUGGAUAGUAAAGUGUCGUCACACUCCCGGUGAGUUUUCUUGCAUGUGUCUGUGUUUUUCAGCGUUUGACAUUACGACAAUUGAGAUCAUGUGGUGUGAAAUGAGAAUCAGUCUGACUUGCUACAAUCAUUUAGGAAUUGCACAGUGUGAACCAGGCUUCAGAUCUGGAGUUUUAUAUGUGAGGCUCCAGAUGAACCACCUUAACCUGGUUGUGGCUUUGAUAGCUGUUUCUUUUCAGGUGGUGGGAGGAGGUUAAUUAUUGUACGACUCCGUCCAUCGAUUUUAAUCAGUGUUACAUUAUAUUACACUAUCUAAUAUCAGCAGGAAUAAAGCUCCAGAAACUAAACUGUACUUUAUAAGUGCGGUCCAAACCAUAAGGAAGACCCGAAAAAUACAUCAGGUUCUGAUGUUGAAAUGUUUCAUGACAUGUAUGGUUUUGCAUGUUUGUACACUGGGCUUAAGAAUGGGAAAUCUUUUGGUCACACCUUCUCCAGUACUGCUGUUUUUAGGUCUUCUUGUGACCAUAGGAUUUCAUUUACCUUCAAAAGAUGUGAAACUUGGGCUGCGGUCAUGUUAAUAUUUGUAUUGUCUAGGUGAAUCUCAGAUAAAAAAAAAAUUGGGUUAGGGUUGUCACGAUACUGGAAUUCAGUAUCAAUCAAUGCUGAAAUUUUAAAAACGUCUUUAUCCUGCUAAGAUUUGUGCGAUGCUGAGCACGUUUUUAAACACCACUGAUUUGCCAUUGUGUUCACGUGCUCAACAGAAAUGA